AUGGCGUCCAAACCGCCGAAGCGGCCAAUUCGGAUCGCGAAUUGUUCUGGAUCGAUAAGCGAUCCCGGCGUUUACAUGUACAACCAGGCCAAGGGCGGCCCGGUCGAUGUCAUUACCGGCGAUUACUUGGCGGAAGCCCAGAAGCUCGCCGGCGAGCCUGAUUCACUCGAGACGGGGUGGGCUCGGACUGCCCUCGAGGGUCUGCGGUUGACGCUGCCUCUGGCAAACGAAAAACGCAUCAAGAUCAUCAUCAACGGGGGCGGGCUUAACCCGCGAGGCUUGGCUGAGAAGACACACGGGAUGAUCAAAGACGAGCGACUAAGCCUGCGUGUUGCCUACAUAGACGGGGACGAUCUCAUGCACAAGGUUCACAGAAUACUGCCGGACGCAGCAACGGCUUCUAAAAAUCACCUGGAUUCAGCCAACCAAGAAGUGCAGCUUGCGGCGGACGCCCUGUCUUUCCUCCAGGACCCCGAAAACAUGCCCAUACUAGCGGCCAGGGCCUACCUCGGAUACCGCGGCAUAAAGCGCGCUUUGGAGGGAGGCGCCGACAUCGUCAUAUGCGGCCGGGUGGCUGAUGCGUCGCCCGUCCUCGGAGCCGCCGCCUGGUGGCACGGCUGGGACGAAACAGACUACGAUGCGCUUGCCGGAACGCUGGUCGCCGGCCAUCUCAUCGAGUGUUCGACGUAUGUCACCGGCGGCAACUUCUCGGGAGCGCACAAGUAUCCCGUGAGCGCCUUUGUCAAUCUCGGCCUUCCGAUUGCCGAGGUUGCCCACCAAGGGGAAUGCGUCAUCACCAAGCACGAGGACGCAGGUGGUUUUGUCACACCAGACACGGUUCGAAGUCAGCUGCUGUACGAGCUGCAAGGAAACGUGUACCUCAACAGCGACGUCAAGGCAGAUUUGAGCGGCGUCAGGGUCCAGCCCCAAGUCACGGAAAAUCGCGUCCACGUCUCGGGCGUCAAGGGCUAUCCGCCGCCGCCCACCACCAAGCUGGCCGUGUUCUACCGAGGCGGCUACCAGCUGGAGAUCCUGAUGAACGCGUGCGGAUACGCGACGGACCACAAGUGGGACGUGCAAGAGGCCCAGGUCAGGGGCAAGCUGGACGAAUGGGGCCUCCUGGACAAGCUCGACGUGCUGGACUUUCAGAGAAUCGGCACGCCGCAGGAGAACCCGGUCUCGCAGCUCGCCUCCACGACGUACAUGAGGAUCUUUGCGCAGGCCAGGGAGAAGAGCGUGUGCCGAGCCGUGGCCGGCGCCUGGAACGUCGUCUUCAUGAGCCACUUCCCAGGCGCGCACUGCUCCUGGGACCUGCGCACGCUUGCGCCGAAACCCUUCCUCGGCUACUGCCCGGUUCUCGUGGACCAGGGAGAAAUCUGCGAAUCGGCCGUCAUCCUCACAGACAGGGACGAGCCCGGGAGGCGAGACGCAAUCCCCGUCGGUCCGCCUCGGAUCACGGAGCCGCUCCUCCCGCGGCUCAACUACGAGACCGACAGCCCGGUGGCGCUCGACUCCUUCGGGCCCAAGACGAUGCGGCCCCUUGGCGACGUCGUCCUCGGCCGCUCGGGCGACAAGGGCGGCAACGUCAACCUCGGCCUCUUCGUGCAGACCAAAGACCAGUUCGACUGGCUGCGCUCCUUCAUGACGAGAGACAAGCUCAAGGAGCUGAUGCGCAAAGACUGGCGCGACUGGUACGCCGUCGAGCGCGUCGAGUUUCCCGACAUCUACGCCGUGCAUUUCGUCGUCUACGGCGCGCUGGGCAGGGGCGUCAGCAGCUCCAAGUUGCUGGACAACUUGGGCAAGGGCUUCGGCGAGUUCAUCCGCGCCGGCUGGGUGCCGAUCCCGACGAGGUUUCUGCACGAGAACCCGGCGCACCCGUGA